AUGCUUCCUUCAGUCAGACCCUUAUGUCUAUUUAGUUUACCUUCAUCCCUGCGGCCACUUGUCGCCGCACGACUCUAUGCAACACAUACCGGCUUAGGCACCACCAAUACUUCGUCGCAACCAAAAAGGAAAGCCGUUACAACCUUCAAUGAUGAUGGCAGGGUUCCUUGGCGCGAUUUGUCGGGACGGGAAAAGGUUGCUAGAACAACACAACAGACUUUCAAUCUAGGUACCGUCCUCAUAGGCACAGUAUUAACCGGUGGUAUCAUCUAUCUUCUUUACACCGAAGUGUUUGCUCCUGAAAGUAAAAUCAACCAAUUCAAUAGAGCAGCCGAUCAAGUCAAGAAGGAUCCACGGUGCAUAGAAGUAUUGGGUAACGGAAAAAAGAUAAGGGCAUAUGGCGAGCCAACGUCCAGCAAGUGGGCUAGAGCUGGGCCUAUUGCUUCCAACAUAACGAAGGAUCGUCGAGGGGUGGAACAUCUAGUUAUGCAUUUUAAUGUCGAGGGUCCACUGAAUCAAGGUGUGGUGAACCUACACAUGAUCAAGCCACCAUCGGAAAGCGAAUUUGUAUACAAAUACUUAUUCUUGGACGUGAAAGGACAUCAGAGGAUAUACCUUGAGAAUGCGGAUGCAACGAAUGGGCCUGGGAAGAAUAAGAGUAGAUUCCUAGGGAUAACUUGGCGAUGA